GCUGCUGCGUUACUCGCCAUCGCCAUCGGCCUGAUUGUGACUACCCAAGUCUCAGAUAUCCCAGAUGCAGCUGUUGCACUUCUCGCCAUUCCCGGUCAGCUCUGGUUGCGCGCCCUGAGAGCUGUUGGUCAGUGAUCCUGAUACCCUCUACGUCAGGAUGUCGCCUAACUCCUACAGUCCUCCCCAUGAUUGUAACAGCAAUGAUCAUGGCCAUUCAGCGCCUCCGCACCAUGACCCAAGGUGGCGGCAAGGCCGGUAAACUCGCCCGUUGGACUAUCGGCUACUACGUGAUCACCACUGUGAUUGCUGUUGCGCAUUCCUGUCUGCUCGUCGGUCUGGUUUGGUCGAAACUCAUGACUGUCGUCAGCGGCGAGCAACUGCAAGUCGACGAAGCAGACCAAGAAACCCUCAACGAGCGUGAAGCCUUCGAAAUCUACGAAGUCGUCGGUGACAUGUUCUACUCCUUGGUCCCCAACAACGUCAUCAACGCCAUGGCCACAGACUCUCUUCUAGCUGUACUCGUCACCGCCGUGGUGCUGGGAUACUGCAUCAAGCCCGGCAGUGCACUGAUCCGCGCAAUUGAAGAAAUCGAGCAGAUCAUCAUGAAGAUCAUCACAGUGCUGAUCUACCUUGCACCGGUCGGUGUCUUCUUCCUCAUCAUGCCCAACCUUUUCCGUCUGGACAUCGCGGAAAUCGGGGUCAACCUCGGUAUCCUUAUCGGCGGUACCCUGUGCGGCAUGGUUCUGCAUCUCUUCAUCAUCGUCCCGAUUAUCUUCUUCGCUUUCACGAGGAAAAACCCUUACACGAUGUGGAUGCGCUGCAGCCCGGCCUGGAUCACAGCGUGGGGUACUGCAUCGAGUGCGGCGACGCUGCCGGUAACUAUUCGCUGUGUGUUGGCGCAGGGUGUGCCUGUCACUGUUACCAAAUUCGCGGUGCCGUUGGGUUGUUUGAUCAACAUGGAUGGCACAGCUAUCUACUUUCCCAUUGUGGUUGUGUUCCUAGCUGCGACGCAAGGCAUCACUCUCAACGCGGCCGAUUACAUCGUCGUUGUCCUCCUUUCGACACUCGCCUCGAUCGGCACAACACCCAUCCCCAGCUCGAGUUUGGUGCUUGUAGUCAUGAUCUGCGGCUCAAUCAACGUCCCCGUCACCGGCAUGUACGCCGUUGUUGUAGCCAUCGACUGGUUCUUGGACCGUUUCCGCACCAUGGUCAACGUCAGUUGCGACACUUUCGCCGCCAUCAUCGUGACAAAAGUCACGGGUAUUGUCGAUGACCUGGAGGACAAUCUUCAGGAUGCGCACGCGGAUGCGGCUCAUGGUGCUAACGUGGAUUCGAACACGCUGCGCGAGACUCAUGGUGAGGGGAAGGUGUAAAUGCUGUACAGUACUAGACUCGAGCAGCAACUGGUAGGCGCAUAUCAAGCACAUUCAAUAUUGAAAGACUCACU